GCGCCAACCCUUAAGUUGUCAUUGGCAAUUGGAUGACGAAACGAUUGCGACGAGUCGCAGCCAGUGGCAAAGUAAUAUACUUUAGUUGAGUGAAAGAAAAAUCCAUAAAUUGAUUAAAAAGUAAACAAAUAAGUGGAAAACACACGCGAAAUAAUGUUGCUGCCAACGGUCAGCACAGGUGGCAAGUGGAGCUGUCGCCGCAUCUGGGAAAUGAUGAUGUCCCCCAUAUCACCGCGUAAUCUGCGGACCACAGCAUUGCUGACGAGCAUCUACCAGCUGCUCAUCGCGCAUUCCAUUCUGUUUGUGGUGCUCCUUUGUUUGGCGCAUGCAGAACAAAUGCGAUUGCUGCUUGAUCUGGACAUUGCGGAUCAGAAGGAUAGUGGCUUCUACAAUAUGUCUCCGUUCCACAACGACAUGCGUCUCAAGACGGCCGCUCAACUCGCCGAUGCUACCGAAAAUGCACUUUAUGUGCUGGCCAGCAUUACAAUAGUCUAUGCUCUGAGUACCAUUGCUCUCUUCUUUGGGGUCUACAAGAAUAAGCCGGGCUUGAUCAUACCUUGGCUGGUUAUGGAGUUUCUGGGCGUAAUCGCUGCUGGAGUUUUUGUCUUUAUGCUAAAGGAUACGAAAUUACCCAUGAUAUUUGGCGGACAGUGUUUGUACUUUGUCGUUAGUUAUUCGCUGCUCUGCAUGGAUGCAGUCAAGUGGUAUGUAAUGCACAGCUUCUACCAAAGUCUGCGUACAAUGAACAAAUUGCGAGAGAUCGCUACGGUUGCUAUUCCUUGUCCAGCUCCAGGCACUAUUCCUUAUCAGUUCCGUCGUGAGCACAUGUACCUGGGCAGCAAUGGAUACAAACACAUUCUAACCGAAUCGCCAGAUGGACAGUGUUAAGUCCAAGUUAACGCUAAUAAAAACGCUUCAAAAUACUACGAUGAUCGAUCAGAACCCUAAACCACAACGCCCUCGAACUUCCAGCAUCUAAGUGUCUUAAAUUCCGUUUGGUUUUUCAUUGUAAAUUUAAGUUUUUUGGAACGUGUGUGAUAUGGAAUAACCACAGAUAACUAUUUUAUAUAGAGAAAAUGGAUCGAGAGGCAAAGAGAUACAUAGAUAGGAAUAUGUAAACAAAUGGCAUAUUCUUACGGCAAUACAAACAGAUAACACGAUGAUAAUUAGCAAAUGUGCAAUAAAUGCGAUACAUGCAUUAACUAUUUUCUAUAUAGCGCUUAAAGUUCCCUUCCCCCAUAUAAAUAUAUAUAUAUAUACAUUUAAUCUUAUCAUGUAGUAGUUGUUGAAAUUGCAACUUUAUUUUAAUUUAAAUAAAUCGAACAUAACA